AUGGCGCUUCCUCCUAUCGCCACUGCUACCAUCCAAUCGACGGUUUUAGCGGCCAUCUCAAACUUCUUAGCCCAGUUCUUUAGGUCAUACCGGUUAGAUAUCCGUAUCUACAUUGACUGGGUCCCUGUUGUCCAGUUUGUGAUCCUGGCUCUAAUAACCACGCCGCCAAAUUUCCUAUGGCAAGAAUACUUGGAGCUCACGUACCCAGCUCGUGAACCUGCUUCGAAACCCACCUCCAAGGGCGAAAAGAAGACGACAAAGCCUACUAACUCCCCCGGCGACACCCCUCUCAACAUCCGCAACACCAUCAUCAAGACAGUUCUCGAUCAGACUGUCGGUCUAGCCGUCAACACCAUCCUCUUCGCCCUCUUCGUCAACGGCCUCGCCGCCGCCAUGACACCACUGCAGAGCGAGACCGAACUGCUUAACCUCCGACUCGCGGGCCGCAGCCUGAAUUAUCUCCUUAGCGGCCGUGCCAUCGAUUACUCGCGCGUCGACUUCAAGGUCGUCCUGGCACAGUCAGCCGCGGAUUUCUGGCCUAUCAUGACGUCGGGUUGGAGCUUCUGGCCUUUUGUCAGCCUGAUCAACUUUGCGUUCGUGAAGUCGGUAACGCAUCGGAACCUGGUGGGUGGGUUGGCAGGUGUGGCGUGGGGGAUGUACAUGAGCGGAUUUGUGGAUCGGUGA